UUGUGUAGCAGUGACAGUAGAAGCAAAUAACAAGCACGUUUACGUUAUGUUACUAGUAUCUACUGGUGUCUUGAAAUUGGUAGUGUAGAAAGAUGUCACUCAGUGACCUGUUGCCUAGAACUAAGAGCAAACACUUCUAUAAUUAGUGUUUGUAGAAUCUUUGUCGGUUGUGAAUUACUAUUUGCGUUGAUAAUUAAUUAAAUACCCAGUCUGUACCAGGUGGGUGUGGUCACUGAGCCUGCACAAAAAAAGGACACAACAGCUAACAGCUGGGGCAUGAACAAGUUUCAAAGUAUCCGAAGAAAUAGGUUGUGAUUACUAACAGAACAGACGGGAAAUCAACAGAAAGCCUCUAAUGUCUAGUGAAAGAUCAAAAAGAUUUGAUGUUGCUGGGAAUAAAGAAAAAUCUCCAACUUCAACAACACUAGUACUACCUAAGCAAAGUGCCAGUAAUGUAGUAGUUAUCACAGUGUAUCAACGAGAUCCUGCCCAGCCCAUAGAAGAGUACUUGGUGGAGGAAAGCUCUCUUGAUCAAGUUUGUAGAGGUAUUUCUAAGCAACUCGAGAUGGUAGUCAUGGGGUUAGGGGAUAAAACAACAAAUGAGAGAAUAUGUGAUGUGAGUGAGCUCAAGCAUGGACAAGAUGUUGUUGCAUUAACAGAAAAGGAAACAAGCAAACAAGCACUUCAAGGAAAGACGCAUGACAAUGGCGAAGAAACAGACGUAUGCAGCACAAUUGCUCAUUUAUUUAGUAAACUUUGGUGCAGCGCUCCUGCAAAACUCACGUAUUUCAGGCAUGAAUGCUUUGAGGCAAUUUUAGGGAAGGUAUCGAAGCUUUUUCUCACAGAGAUCAGUGGACUGUAUGUACCCAGCACACUUCAUGAAAUCACCACUGCAGAAAAGUUAACCAAACACAGAAGGGUCAUUGCUGUUACCAAACAAGACGACAUUCAGGAGGCAGCUGAUAAACUUGCUCUUCAACAAAUUACAGAGCCAGUAUCUGUGACUGUCACUGAUGUUGGUGGACACUUGUUUGAACAAAAAACAGGUGUCUACAUAUCAAUUCCUGAGCAUGCUGUUAAGGCUAAUGAGACAGUAACUAUUAAGCUCACCGUCUGUGAGCCGAACAUUCGAAUGGACUUUGGUGAAGAUGACCUCCGUUUUGUCAGUGAUCCGAUUUUGAUUGAGACGAUUCCCUCUGGAUACAGCUUCUCAAAGCCCAUUCAGGUACGAUUACCUCAUUGUGGCGUAAUAAAUCGGAAAGAAGGAGGACUGGUAGGAGAAACAGUGAGACUCUACACUGCACCGUCCACCUCAGAUGACCAGUCACCAAUUCAGUUUGGACGUGUGACUGCUGGGGAUUUCUCUGUUGACCCACGGUAUUUACGAUUUGAAGUGUAUCAUUUCUGUUGGUUCUCUGCACUGGUUUCUAAUACUCUGACAUGGGGGAAGUGUGUUGCUAGUAUCCACUUUCCAGUCAGGUUGGCUGCCGGUCGUUCCCAGUUUCCAGUCCGACUCCUCUGCUAUCCAAACCUUCAUUUGUAUGCUGUGGGUGCACAACAGUACAUUAGGAAAAGAGAGGAGUAUGGAAGAUGUAAGAAGGUGUACUCACUUGGAUAUGGCAAUAAAACUGAUGUUAGGGUUCGUGCUACAAACUCAUCAUGGACAAUUACUCCAGUGACAACUAAUAUCCCAUUUGACAAUCUAUGGAGGAAGCUGAUGCCUCUCUCCUGCAUGUCUUGUAUUCCAGCCGAUAGAACAUUCACAGUAACAUGGCAAGGCCAGUUGCCACGCAGUCAGUCCUUGGUCAUGACUUUCACAAUAGCAGGAGAGACGACAGUUGAGCUACAGCUUCGUGUGAAUCCUGAUGGAUUUGUGUCUACAGGUGUUGGUGGGUUCACUCUGCCAGCAGCAGCUGAAAAUAGCCUUGCUGACAUGCUUGGUCAAACUGUCGCAGACUCUAGAGACUACACCGGAGUAGCAAGUGAACUUGGAUUCACCACUGAAAACCUGAGAUUAACACUGAGUCCGACAAGAGCUCUUCUAGCUGCUUGUAAACACUCUCGUGUCAACAUUAUCGAUUUUAUUGAAGCAGCUGAGCAUUUGGAACUGAAGGAUGUUGUAGAUUUACUGAAGAAUGUUGAUGUGGGAUCUGACAAACAUCUAUGAUUUUAGUCCAAAUGUACACUCCUUACUCCGCAGAAUAAACUACACAAUGAAUAAUACAGCCUAUGUAAUCUCGAUGCCUACAGUAGUUUUAAACAGUUAAUCUGUGUGUGGACACGAUUUCUUCUGUAGCAAAUGUAUCUAGACAGUAUAGUACUAACUAUAACAAGAAUGAAUAAAUCAUGAAGUCAUGUGUGGUACAGUGCAGCAAGCACUGUAUGAAUUCCA